UGUUUUAUUAUUGACAGCCAAGAUAUCGUUCGUCUAUAUGACUUUGCUUUUCCUUUUAAAUGCGAUAUUGAUGGGAAAGUUUGGCCGCGUUUUAGGCCAAAACACAUGCGAUUCAAAUUCUGAUUGCGGAAGCUAUUACAGCAACAUCGUUUGUUGUAGAGGAUAUGGUUCUAGCAGUGGUAGAAACUGCUACCACGGAAGUAGCUCAUGCGUUGGUCGCUAUUGCACAUCAGACGGUGAUUGCGGAGGGAAAGAGGAAUGCUGUAUAUCAAACACGUGUACCAAAUCAGGCUGUAGCAAUUGUUACUCUAAUUCCUACUGCGGUUUAUUCGAGUAUUGUUGUAAACAGCAAUAUCUUGACCAAACAUAUGUUUGCAGACGAAGCUGCGUUGGGGAGUCAUGCCAUUCCAGUUCAGACUGCGGUGGUUCGUCAGAGUAUUGUAACAUCAAUAACAAAUGUGUGGAGUGUUCUACGGACGGUGAUUGUAGUGGGAGUGAAUGUUGUCUUUAUAACAAAUGCGUCACCUCAGGCUGUACGCGGUGUUCAUCGAAUUCUGGAUGCUCCAGUUUGGAGUAUUGUUGUAAGCGAAGAAUCUACGCUAACGUUUGUCGAAAAAAUUGUGUUGGGGAGACGUGCUCUUACGACAGUGAUUGUGGAGGGCCUGGUGAGAGUUGUGAUUCGAGUAGCAAAAAAUGUGUCGUGCCCACCUCCUGUUCUACAGACGGUGAUUGUAGUGGGAGUGAAUGUUGCCUUAAUAGCAAAUGCGUCACCUCAAACUGCACGCGGUGUUCAUCGAAUUCUGAAUGCUCCAGUUCGGAGUAUUGUUGUAAGCGAAGAAGCUACGUUAACGUUUGUCGAAAAAAUUGUGUUGGGGAAACAUGCUCCUACGACAGUGAUUGUGGAGGGCCGGGAGAAAGAUGUCAUUCCAGCAAAUGUAAGAGAUCUUCUUAUUCCUCUACAACGGCAUCCUGGGUUGUCCCGGUGAUCGUGGUAUGUGUGAUACUGUUCAUAAUCGUGUUUGGCGGAAUUCCCGCAUAUCGUUGUUACCGUGGCUCAUCCCAACGUGGACGGGUCGUGAGACCACGGCCUGCCCAGAACGCAAUUGCUAUUGUUGCCAUUGAAAAAACUCAAGUUCACACCAGCGCUCCACAACCCGCAGACUGCAAUGCUCCCCCUCCUCCUUAUUACAAUCGGGGAGGAGACUUUCCUUCCGCACAACCCAACCAGUUUCCCCCGCCUCAACCCCUACAUUUCCCGGAACGUCAACCCCCGCUGUACUAGCCGUGGUAAUGGCCGAUAUAUACGAGUAACUGAUUGCAUACUGAUUUAAAGGAACUAUAGUGACUAGACCAGGCUUUUACGGCCUUGAAUUUCGUCCGUUAAUAACUAUAAUUUAUAGGAUAAUAUUAUGUAGUUCAAUAUUAAGGGGUAAAUACUAUCGUGUCAACUAAAAUAUUCUCUUAAUAGUUCGCUUUGUAGUGUUUUUGUUCCAGUAUAAUAGUAUAGUUUCCCGACGAAUAGUAUUUCACGAAAAAAGUGAAUUACAAUAUAUUUACAUAUGUAAUAGAUAAAUUAGAUCUCGUAAAAUGUUUACCGUAUUAUCAAUGUAUCCAGUGUGAAUUCUUCUUCCUUCGCAUUUCUCUGCCUAGUGCAUUUUUACGAGUCUAUUGGCAGUAUUGCUUGGUGCAAGAAUUUCGAAUUAUACAGUCUGGAUAGGUUGAUUCUAUGAUCCAAUGCGCGCUGGAUGUCUUGUGUCAUUAUUUUCCUUGGGCAAGCCUUUUCGAAUUUAUUAGCUGUAUCCGAAUUUAUUAUAAUUGUAUUGUCGUAUCUUGUUCUUACUCUCGCGCAGAAUAGGUGCAAAUUGUUUUUGUGUCCUCGAAUUUUCCUAAAAUGUCAUCACACUUGGUAGACUGAGGAUGACUGAGCUUGGAUUCCUUAUCAUUUCUGCCGUUUUACUGGUUUUAGUAGCAAUUUUUUGACAGUUUAGUAGCAAUUUUUAUAUAAAUGAAUUAAUUUAUUUUCAAAUAGUGAAAUAGGUCAUUAGUGAAAUAGGUCACAUGUCAUAGUGCAUAAAAGCAAUGACGUAUAAAAAUAUCACGCAAUAAACAGUAGCUGGAAAGAUGUCUGCCUUGCCAUUGGGACACUUUUACACCUGAGACAGACAUCUGUCCAUAUUUCUAUGUUCUGGUGUAUGUGAUCGUGUAAACACGCGAACGAACGUCUGCAGAGUUUCAAUUUUUUGCGAUUAGUGAAUAUUAAAAAUAUAUGUGGCACUCGUUUUCAUCCGUGAGACGAGUAAUAAUCGUAUUAGGAUCUUGCGAUUAUGAGAUUAGAACUAUAUAAGAUGUUCAUCUUUAGUGGCAUUGCAAAGUGUCACAUUUUCCACAUUUUGCCCAUUGUAGUUUAUCUAUUUCUGAGAAUUUAUAAAACGUUCUCCUUAAACAGCCGGUUCCAUGCAUGAUACGUUGACACGUCGCAGUUAAUUUGCACAGGAUUGAAGAUUUAAUAUA